AUGAGAGUAUAUUCUCUGCCACUCCUGGCGACCGCCGCUGUGGCGGUCCUGUAUGCCGACUACAUUCUAGCUCCCUCUUCAAGAACUCUCACUCCCCCUACGAUCUAUCAAACGGAGGGCUCUGUGUCGCACGCACCCUCGUUACUGCACAAAAACAGCACGACCCCAACAACCUUUCACGGAAAAUCCUCCGUCACUUUCGAUUUCGAAAAGAACAUCGCCGGACUCGUCUCCCUUAAUGUCGCAAACGCCUCCACAUCCGACGCUUAUCUCGGCGUCACCUUCUCAGAGUCUAGCCUCUACGUGAGCAGCGAAGCCUGUGAUGCCACUGCCGAUGCCGGCCUCGACAGCCCUCUCUGGUUCAACGUCGGCUCGGGGUCCGGUGAGUACACGGCGGAGGAAAUGCAUGUCCGAGGCGGAUUCCGAUACAUGACGAUCGUGAGCAACACGACGGCAGACAUUUCUCUGAACAGCGUGACGGUCAACUUCACCGCCGCGCCGAAACAGGAUCUCACGGCGUAUACAGGGUACUUCCACUGCGACGACGAACUGCUCAAUCGGAUCUGGUACGCCGGCGCGUACACCAACCAGCUCUGCACGAUUGAACCGGAGAUGGGCAACGCGCUCGUCUGGUUUCAAAUCAUCAACAAGACAGAGACCAUCGAGCUGCCCGAGACGGUCUCCUGGUGGAACAACUACACCAUCUCCAAUGGGUCCAGCGUUCUCACGGACGGCGCGAAACGGGAUCGUCUCGUCUGGCCCGGAGAUAUGUCCGUGCAGCUGGAAGUGGUGGGCGUCAGUACAUAUGAUCUGUAUAGCAUGCGCAACGCGCUCGAGCGGCUGCUUGUGCUGCAGAAGGAUGACGGACGACUUCCGUAUGCCAGCCCGCCGUAUGCCGAUACAGUCAGCUUCACGUAUCACUGCCAGAGUCUCAUCGGGAUUUACUUCUACUACCUGUACUCGGGCGACCGGGCGUGGUUGGCGCGUCAUUGGGACCAGUUCAAGCUCGGGGUUGACUGGGCCCUGGGAAGCGUUGACGAUACCGGCCUGGCGAAUAUCACAGCCAGCUCUGACUGGCUGCGAUUUGGAAUGGGUGGACAUAACAUCGAAGCAAACGCCAUCCUCUCCUACACCCUCCAACAAGGCCUAAUCCUAUCCACACUCCUCAAUGACACAAACCCCGUCCAAAACUGGACCCGAACCGCCUCUCACAUCAAAACGUCCGCGAACUCCCUCCUUUGGGACGCUUCCGCAGGCCUCUACCGCGACAACCAAACCACAACCCUUCACCCCCAAGACGGCAAUGUGUGGGCCAUCAAAGCCAACCUAACCAACUCGACGCACCAAACACGCCAACUCACCCGCUCGCUCCGGUCCCGCUGGGGUAAAUACGGCGCCCCAGCCCCGGAAGCCGGCGCAACCGUGUCCCCCUUCAUCAGCAGCCUAGAACUGCAGGCACAUUUCCUCGCCAACGACGCACAGUCGGCGCUCGACCUCAUGCGCCUCGAAUGGGGCUUCAUGCUGGAUGAUCCGCGCAUGACGAACUCGACCUUCAUCGAGGGGUACAGUGUCAAUGGAUCCUUGCAUUACGAGCCGUACGCGAAUGAUCCGCGCGUGUCGCAUGCGCAUGGGUGGGCGACGGGACCGACGAGUGCGUUGACGCACUAUGCGGCUGGGUUGAGGAUCACGAAGGAGGCGGGUGCGGAGUGGGUGGUUGCGCCGCAGCCGGGGGAUUUGAGGAAUGUGGAUGCCGGGUUUGAGACGGUGAAGGGGAAGUUUGGGGUGAGGUUUGAGAGGGAGGGGAAUGGUACUAGUAGUGCGUAUCGGAGGUUCGAGUUUAAGACGCCGGUGGGCACGUCGGGUGUGGUGAAGUUACCGGGCGUGCACGGGUCGUUGGUCAGUGUCAAUGGGACAGUGGUGAAGCUGAGGAAUGGGGAGGCGAGUGGGUUGAAGGGAGGAAGUUGGAGAUUGGUUGGUGAUGCUUGA